CAGGAUGAUUCCGUACGAGUUUUGAGAAUUGAGAUAAACCGUGGGAGAAUGCUCGAGUGUUAAUAUCCAGGUACUCCUGCUGUGGACUGUGUCUGGUGAGGCUGAUGGCGGCUGCAUUUACACUUACAACACCAACACUGUCAAAUGUUCGAGAAAGCAGAAUCAUGAAAAUGGGAGCUUUGAACCCUAACCCUAUGUUUAGGGUGGGGUUUCCUCAGGGGCGUGUGAGUGUGAGUGUGAGUGUGAAUGGGAAUGCGAGAAUGAAAAGAAGGGUAGUGGUGCGGGGGAGUUCGGAGUCAUUGGAAGAAGGAGUUGUACAGUCAAAAGUGACAAACAAAGUAUACCUUGACAUCAGUAUUGGAAAUCCAGUUGGGAAGCUUGCGGGUCGGAUUGUGAUUGGAUUGUACGGUGAUGAUGUGCCCCAAACAGCAGAGAACUUCCGUGCCCUUUGUACAGGAGAGAAGGGCUUUGGAUACAAGGGCUCCACCUUCCAUCGCGUUAUCAAGGAUUUCAUGAUUCAAGCAGGAGAUUUUGACAAAGGAAAUGGGACUGGAGGCAAAAGUAUAUAUGGUCGUACUUUCAAGGACGAGAAUUUUAAUCUGUCUCAUACUGGACCAGGAGUUGUUAGCAUGGCAAAUGCAGGCCCCAACACAAAUGGGAGUCAGUUUUUCAUAUGCACUGUGAAGACACCAUGGCUGGAUCAGAGGCAUGUUGUGUUUGGCCAAGUUUUGGAAGGCAUGGACAUUGUUAGGUUGAUCGAGUCACAGGAGACAGAUCGGGGUGACCGUCCUAGAAAGAAGGUGGUUAUAAGUGACUCUGGUGAGCUUCCAAUUGCUUGAUGUGGUUCUUGUGCAUUUUGUUGGUCAUGGUUUCUAAUUUGUUUCUUGCUGCUGAGGAGGAAAAAAAAUAAAAUAAAAAAACUCCUGCUUUCUGGAAAUUUUUGUUUGACUAUUCUGAAAUGAGUUCAGUACCUCUUUAUAUUCAUACUAAUCCUACAAACUUUUAGCAGCCCUCUGUAUACUAGUUGAAUUUUUGUU